AUGGAUAAAUUACGUGCGAAGAUGCACAUCAGAAACGAGCUGGGACGGGCCCUGAUAGCCGAAUUUAUGGGCACAGCCCUGUUACUGCUGAUCGGUAACUGUGUUGUUGCCCAAAGUGUGCUACCACGUCCGAAACUGAAUGAAAUGAUCGGAAUAAACGUCGGUUUCGGUUUGGCCAUCGCUUUCGGUGUUGCCAUAUCGGCAAAGAUCUCAGGAGGUCAUAUCAAUCCGGCUGUGUCGCUGAUGUUCAUGAGCUUCCGCCAGCUGGCCCCAGUCCGUUUCAUCCUCUACACGAUUGCACAGACCCUUGGAGCUUUAGUCGGCGCAGCUUUGGCAUAUGCUCUAUACCAUGAGGCAAUCAACAAUUUCGACGGAGGAAUCCGAGCGGUUAUUGGACCAAAAGCAACGGCCGGCAUUUUCGCCUCCUAUCCAGCCAAUCAUUUGGGUCUUUUCGGAGGACUCAUUGACCAGAUUAUCGCCACGGCUGUAUUCUGUUUCUUGAUCGCCCACAUUACAGACAAGAGAAACUCAUAUCCAACGUGGCUUCAACCUCUACUUGUUGGACUCUCCUUCGUCGCUGUCGGAACCGCUUUCGGAUUCAACUGUGGAUAUCCCUGUAAUCCUGCUAGAGACUUCGGACCACGUCUUUUCACCCUCAUCGUUGGAUACGGAGGAGAUGUAUUCUCGCAUAGGUCCUGGUGGUGGGUACCGAUCGUUGGUCCCUUCAUCGGUGCGCUCAUCGGAGGUUGGCUUUACCAGCUCUGCAUUGGAUUCCAUACUCCACAAGAUGCUGAAGAGAAAUACGUCGUAUUGACUGGAAAUCAAGAAUUGAAGCCCCUUACUGGAAAAGAGUAA